CUUCUUUUUGCCUGUAUGGACAGUUUUAGUAGAGAGUUGCCAUACUGCUAGGCAUAACCAAUUUGAUGCAAGAAAAAAAAACUUGUUAGUGCCGCAAAUUUAUAUUAAAAAACGAAUAAAAUGCCUGAAAGCGAUGUUACCAAGAUGAAGGUUGCGGAUUUAAAGCGCGAGUUGAAGCUGCGUGGGUUGCCAUUGAACGGCAAUAAAAAUGAAUUACAGGACCGCUUGCAAACCGCUUUACUCGAAGGCGACAUUUCACUGGAAGACAGUGCUAUUGCCGACGCUAUCGACGACGAUGUCUCUUUGACGGACGAGGACGAGCACAAAUUAUUGGGUGAUGAUCACGAGGAUUUGCUGCUGAAGAGCCCAGUUAGCACACCCACGGCGACAACAAUACCAGAACUAUCUUUACAUAUGGCAGCAGGAUCAGAUUCGCAAUCGGAGGCAACCAACGCAUCGCUGCCAGCUAAGAAAAUCGUGCUGAAACGCAACAAUUCGCAGCAGCUGGCGACGGCGGUGACGACAACAACAAUAAUGACAUCGAAGGAAAAUGCCGCACCCGAGACAACAGACAGCAUACCUGGAGCUUCGGAGUUAGAGGAUAAACCCACAAAAACGCACCACAAACCAAUUGUGGUGGGUGGUGCUGCAACUAAAAGCAAAGACGCGGCAACUUUAGCCGACAAGAAGCUAAGUGAGCUAAGCAUACAGGAGCGCUUGGAAAUGCGCGCCAAGAAGUUUGGCAUUGCACCCGAUACCAAAGCUGUUGAUCCACCCACAGCUGUUGUGCCCACGGUUAACAAGUCAUCUUCAGCUUCAAUCAAGGCCAACAAAGGCAACAAGGAGACGGACGAACAGCAAAAGGAGGCUUUAAAGAGACGUGCCGAACGCUUUGGUUGUGUGGUGCCAGAAAAGAGUCCGAAAACCGUUGCCGACGACCGGCUGCAGAAGCGCAAGGAACGCUUUGGUGCUACGGUUGGCACAGCGACUGCAGCAAGCGAUCCAAAGGGCCAGGGUGAAUGGGCAGAAAAGGCGCGAGCACGUCUGGAGCGUUUUAAAACAGCACCAGCGGCCGUAGCUGAUGCAACAAAAUAGACGACAAUCUUCUCUAUAAAACCCAGCUCAGUAUCCACGCUUGGGCUCUUCUUUUUAAGCCACGAUUAACCACCAACAAUGCGUGGAGCCGUUAAGCAAGGGUAAAUAACUUCAAAGAAUAUUAUUAAUUCCAUUUGUAUGGACUUAGUUUGAGUAUUUAACUAGCUCUUGUUUCGAUUAAUAUUUCUUUGUAUUUGUAUUGCGAAAAAAUAAAGAUAUACUUAUUUUUAAUGGUUUCUACCCAACCGAAAAGUUUUCCCAUAUUACUAUUAAACAACUGCCGAAAUUAAAAAACCCUUGCACAUGUACGAUUAACAUAUAUUAUAAAUGCCUUACAAUUUGUGGUCCACGAGCCUCUGCCUACAAGUCGCAGGCUUGAUAGACAUGCAUGCAUGGAUAUUUGGUAACUCUGCGCCAGGUUGGGCUUUGGUCGUUGUCCAAGCUGACGAAGGCUAUUUUUUUUAUCAAAAUGUUAGCAUAGAGUUAAAUUUUACGCUAUCUUGGAAUAUAACAUUUUUUAUUUGAAAAAUAUAACUUGAUAUAGUUAAUCGAACGGACACU